AUGUUUUUAAAAACUGCAGGACAAGACGAGACGAAAAAUUCUUUUGCAAGAUGGGACGAAAAUCUCGUUCCGUUCUGUCCCGUAAGCGUCACUAGUCAAUAUGAAAAAAUUGCAAUUAUAAAGCAAGCUGUUGUAAUUACUAGUAAAUUUCCUCCACGAAAUAUUCAAUUAUUAUCAUUAUUAAUAUUGUUGAAUUCCGAAAAUGGAAUGGGACGUCUUUGUCCAAUAAAUACUGGUGAAGGAAAAACAACAAUUGUUGCUAUGUUAGCUGCAAUUAAAGCACUUGAUGGACAUAAAGUUGAUAUUGUUACGAGUUCUCCAGAAUUAGCUAAACCACAAGCAGAACAACCAAAAAGUUUUUAUGAUAAAUUUGAUUUAACAGUAUCACAUAAUGGAAAAUGUGAAAUAGAAAUAAAAGAACAAUAUAAAGCUGAUAUUGUUUAUGGUGCAGCAAGUGAUUUUCAAGGAGAUAUUUCACGAGAUGAAUAUAGUAAAUUGGGUACACGUUCUGAUAGAAAAUGUGAUGUUGCUAUUGUUGAUGAAGUUGAUUCAAUGUUAAUUGAUGAAACAAAAGAAGAAUUUAUAAAAAAAUGUACCAUAACACAUAUAAAAAAAUUACUUCGAGUUACAGAAAAUUUAUCGGAUAAUGAUAAAAUAAUUUCUAAUGACUAUCCGGAGAUAAAAAUUCCUAAACAUUUACGAGAAUUAGUAAUGGAUGUUCAAUUAACAAAAUGGAUUGAUAGUGCCAUUCAUGCAAAAUAUCGAUGUAAAAAUGAACAACAUUAUAUUGUUAAAGAUGGAAAAAUUGCACCGGUUGAUGCAAAUAAUACUGGAAUUGUACAACAAAAUAUGCAUUGGAGUAAUGGAUUAUAUCAGUUUUUACAAAUAAAACAUGGUGCAAAAAUAACUGCAGAAAGUUUAACAACAAAUUUUAUUUCAAAUGUAACAUAUUUUAGACGUUAUGGUUCAAAUAUUUAUGGAUUAACUUGGAAACAAAAACAAUAUCAAGAAUUAAUGCCAAUAAUUACGAAGACUGAAGAAAAUUGGUAUACAAAUAUUGUUGAAAGUUCAAUAAAUAAAUUAAUUAAUGGUCAAGGAGUGUUAAUUAUUACAAAAUAUAUAAAUGAAGUUGAUGAAAUUAAAAAUAGAUUAAUAAAAGCAGAAUAUGAUAUAACAAAAAUAAAAACCUAUAGAACAGAAAUUGAUUCAAAAAUUAUCGAAGAAGAAUUGAAACCAGGUGAAAUAAUUAUUGCAACAAAUAUUGCUGGUAGAGGAACUGAUAUACGAGCUGAGAAAAUUGAAAAAAAUGGUGGAUUACAUGUUUGUGUUACAUUUUUACCACCAAAUGAAAGAGUUGAACAACAAAAUGUUGGAAGAACAUCAAGAACAGGAAAUAAAGGAAUCGGUCAAUUUAUUUUAUUAGAAACAACAGAAAAUGAUUUUGAAAUAUUAAAACAAAUUCGAGACAAACAAGAAGAAGAUGGAAUUCAUAAAGCAGAAACAGAAAUUGAAAAAGUAACAAUCAAAGAUACAAUAUUUGCAGAAUUUUGUAAAUUAUUAACUGAAAUUAAUCAGACAAAUAUUCCACAUAUUAAACAUAAAAUUCGAGCAGUUGAAGAUAGAUUUGAUAAAGAAAAUGAUAAAUUAAUUGAAAAUCCACAUUUUUAUGUUUUAAUUGGUAAUGAUUUAUUAAAAGAGAAAAAAAAUAAUGAAGCAAUUGAAGAAUUUAGAAAAGCAAUUGAAAUUGAUAAACAUUUUCAAGUUAAUGCUUUUUAUAAUCGUGGAUAUGCACGAAUUGCUCAAUAUGGUAGUAACAUGAACAAAUAUGAAACUGAAAUAACUGAAGCAAUUAAUGAUUUUAAACAAGCUAAACAAAUAAUUGAAGAUAAUUUAGAAUCAAUGUUAAACAUUUUUCAACUAGCAGCAAAUUCAGAAGUAUUAUCAGAACAAGUUUCAAAUAAAUUGACACUUUAUGGAAUACAAAAAAAUACUAUUGAAAUGGCAAUUGGUGUUGGAAGUAUUGAUGAAGAACUAAAAGGAUUAGAAAAUCGAAAAAAACAAAAAGAUAUAACACAAAAUGAUAUUCAAGCAAUCGAUAAUGAAAUCAAAUGUUUAGAAGACAAUAAAAAAGCAAUAGGAGAUGGAGCUAUCGGUGAGGCAAUAAAUAAAAAAAGAAAUAUUGAAAUUGAAUUUCUAGAGAUAGAAAAAUCAUUACCCGAAGAUCAAAAGAUUGAAUUAUAUAAAGAUGAAAUAAGUGAAUAUAAAAACAAUGGUUUUAGAGGAAACUUUAAAAUUACAGAAAUAAAACCAAUUCCUUGGUCAAAAGUAAUUUGUUUAGCGCUUAUUGGUCUUGCUCAAAUAAUUAUAGGAGGAGCACUUGCAGUAUUUAUUCUCGGAGUCGGCUCUACCAUUGGUAUGGGAUUAAUAUCCGAAGGAAUUAGUGAUAUAAUAAUAGCGGUUAAAGAUGGUAUUAUUAAUAGAGAUUUUAGUUGGGCAUCAUAUGCCAUACAGAAAGCGAUUAGUUUGACUGUUUCUAUUGUAUGUGCAGGACUUGGAGCGAUAAAAGAUGUCGCUAAAACUGCAAUUGCUGGAGUUAAAGCAGCAACUACAGCAAUUACUGUAACAGUAAAAGAAGGAUGUAAAAUAGCAGCAAGAGCUGUUGGUACUGCUUUGGCUAAAGGUGUAGCCAAAGAAUUAGUAACAGCGCUUACUGAUUAUGGUGUGAAUAAAGCUUUGAUGCCAAGUAAAUUAGAUGGACAAUAUCGAAAUAAUCAUUAUGAAAAAUUAAUUAAAGAUAAAGCAAUGGAACUUUUGAAUCCACAAAGUGAAUCAAAACAUGCUCUAUUAACCAUAACAGAGGGUAUCGCUAAGGGAAUAGCAACAAAUAAAAUAUCAGGAUUAUCUUCAGUAUUACAAAUUAAUGAAGCACGAUUAGCUUUAGAUGAAUUAGACAAAUUUCUACCGAAUUUUAUUAAUAAUUUAAAUAAAGAAAUUGAAAAAUUAUAUAAAGAGCAAAAUGUUCAGAAAAAAAUUGACGAUCUCAACAAAAAACAACGACAACAACAACAAACGAAUGUACAACAAAACACAACAACUGUUAACAAACGAAAUACAAUAAAAGAAGAAACAAAUGGUAAUUAUACUUCUGAUUUUGUUGUAGAAAAAUCCAAAAAAGAUAUUGACAUUUAUAUAGAACAAAAUGAAGAAAAAAUGAAAUUUGAACGAGAAAAUAAAACUCCAGAAGGACUACGUAAAUCUUUGGCACUCAGUGUAUCUACAAAUAUGUGUAAUAUUAUAAAAAAUAAAUUAACCCUUUGGGGACGGGUGACGUUUUAAAACGUCAAAAAUCGGAAUAAGUCGUGUUUUCCAAAACUUUCUUUUGAAGAAACGUCUCUCAAAACUAGAUCAUAAUCAAAUUUCAAAUAUAUCAUCUUAUG